AUUUAAUUUACACAGUUUCAUGUUUCGCGUUAUUAAUAUCAACAUGUAUUCAAAACUGUUUCUAAUUUGUGCAUUUGCUCUUGCAGUAACUUCGCAGGAACAAUUAAAAGUCACUUUAUUCUAUGAAGGGCUUUGUCCUUCUUGCCACAAUUUCUUUAUUGAACAACUUUAUCCAGGUUUUAAGAAACUAGGAAAUGCUUUGGAUAUCGAUCUGGUAUCAGCGCAACAACCUGAAAACAAUGGCAGUCAAAUUGAGUGGAGUUGUCAACAUGGUCCAAAAGAAUGUUACAUAAACAAAGUCAGUGCUUGUGCCAUUCAUGUAAGCGACACUCAGUCAAAGAUGAUGGAAUUUGAAAAUUGUUUCUUGAAAGACUCCGAUAUAUACAAAAGCCAGGAAUACGAGGAAGAUCUUGCCAAGAAAUGCGCCGCAGGGAACGACCUUCCAUGGGAUAAAAUAAACUCUUGUCUCGAUAAAGAAGUCGAUAAGAUAUUGUUGGCUUAUGAACAACGAUUAAAAAAAGUUCAACCACCAAUUCAAUACGUUCCUGCCAUACUAUUUAACGAUAAACGCGAUGAAGAUACCGAAAAUGCAGCGAGGGAAGAUUUCGUGGCCACAGCAUGUCAACUGUUCAAAACCAAACCGAAAGCUUGCUUAAAAACCUUCUUUUGAAAACUAGGAAAGUAGGAAAUGCUAUUUCCCAAUAAGAAUGAUAAGAUUUUAAAUAAAAACACUGAAAAAU